CUAAAAAUAAUUUUGCAGCCGUCUCCUUCACUGAUACUACUAGCCGGUUUUUAGUUGUUGCGCAGUUCAGAGUUUUUAAUUCCUGUUGGAGGCUCAGAAAACAAGAAACUUUAUAACUUGCUUUAUAUAUAGAUAGAUAGAAAGGUAAAUUAGGGCAAAAACAUUUUUGCCCUGUUUGUUUGGUAAAGACUAAAAGAGUGGUGUGUUAGGUGAGAUUUUUGAAGCAAUGGCAAUGGUAUCAACAUCUGUAGCAUCUGGAUUACGUUUUUCGAGCUUGAAAUCUGAGAGAUCUCAAUCUCUUUCUACUACUGAAUCAUUCUUUCGUCAGAUUGGUGCUAAUCUAAGAGUUUCUUCUGGUAGGAAAGGUUGUAGAGGUGUUGUUGCCAUGGCUGGUUCUGGAAAGUUUUUUGUUGGAGGAAACUGGAAAUGUAAUGGGACGAAAGAAUCAAUCAGCAAACUUGUUUCAGACUUGAAUAGUGUGAAAUUGGAAGCUGAUGUUGAUGUUGUUGUUUCACCUCCCUUUGUAUACAUCGAUCAAGUAAAGAACUCAUUAACUGAUCGAAUUGAGAUAUCUGGUCAGAAUUCUUGGAUUGGAAAGGGUGGGGCUUUCACCGGAGAAAUCAGUGUGGAACAGUUGAAAGAUAUUGGCUGCACAUGGGUCAUUCUUGGGCACUCAGAGCGCAGACAUGUCAUUGGUGAAGAUGAUUCGUUUAUUGGGAAGAAAGCUGCAUAUGCUUUGAGUCAGGAUCUCAAAGUGAUGGCAUGCAUUGGAGAAAAACUUGAAGAAAGAGAAUCUGGGAAAACUUUUGAUGUUUGUUUCCAACAGAUGAAGGCUUUCUCAGAUAACAUAUCCAAUUGGGAUAACGUUGUUAUUGCCUAUGAGCCUGUAUGGGCUAUUGGGACCGGUAAGGUGGCUAGUCCCCAACAAGCUCAGGAAGUUCAUGUAGCUGUUCGUGAUUGGCUAAAAAAGAAUGUAUCAGCAGAAGUUGCUUCUAAAACACGAAUCAUCUAUGGAGGAUCUGUUAAUGGAGGCAACUGUGCGGAGCUUGCAAAAGAAGAAGAUAUCGAUGGAUUUCUUGUCGGCGGUGCUUCAUUGAAGGGUCCAGAAUUCGCUACCAUUGUCAAUUCGGUGACAUCAAAGAAGGUGGCUGCUUGAUCAUUCUGCUGUUCCAGUGUUACAAAUUGAAAGUGGGUCCAAUAAGUGCCAGAAGAAGACUUCUGUAGUAGCUUGUAACGAUAGCAUGAUGUAGCCAAUCCAUGAGUGUUUUGAUUUGUAUUUAUGAGGGUUUUAAUCAUGAUCAUCCUGGUUCCUUCAUCCUAGAAAUAAAUGUUUGAUUUUUUACCUUGUUGCGAACUGAAAGGAUUGGCACGCUUAUUGCUGAUCAAAAUAGGACCAAUAAAAAACAAAAAACUAGUUUAGGCUUU